GGUUGAUCGAGGUGCUUGUUUUGGUUCCCGACUGCUUCUCGCAGAGUUAUCUAUAUUCGUUUACUUUCUAAUAAUACUGGUGUUUAACCUUCACUAAGCCAGACUUGUGAUCAUGCAGAACUAAUUGUGAAUCUGCCUUACUGGGUCCCUGUAAAUUUCUGUGGUUUCCAUCAUUUUCAGUUAAUAUUAAUUAGUUCCCUGAAAAGAUUAUAUUACAAUCCAAUGCACUCGUAAUUUAUAAAAAUGGAUCAUGAAUCUGGACAUCUUAAAGGGCCUUCUUCAUUGUUAUCACCUGUAUAUUUGGAAGGAAAGAAUUUAGUGAAAAACAAACUUUUAGAUGAACCUUUCACUAAAACUUCAUCAGCUUCCAAUACACUUUCUUCGCUCUCAUUAAAUAACAAAUCAUUAAAAUCAUCCAUCAGUCUAUCAUACACAAGUUCAGUCCUACAUUGUGAUCACGAAGUAACAGUCAGACCUAAUGAUAAGCAUCAUGUGGAGAGAAGAACAAGUGUUCCAAGUUCACUUAAAUCAACUCCUAUCGACUGGUUAAACGACGCUAUAAUCAAAAUUUCAGAUACUAGUUUUCAAAAUAUACUAGAAUGUACGGUUGAUGAUUCUAUGAAAAGCAAUUCUAUUCCUAAUACAUUUGGUAAUUUACUGACAUACGAACGCAGAGAUACCUACAAACAGCUGAAACUAGAGUUAAUUAGCUGCAUAUCCUCCUCUAUAGUCGAUGGCAGUCCAUCUAAAGAAAAGAAAAUUGUUUUGGGACAAUCAAUUCACUCUUGUAUUGAUAAAGAUCCAGAAUUUAUACUUAAAGCAGCUUUGUAUUGCCGUAGAGAGUUGAAUAUACGUACAACAACCAAUAUAUUAAUAGCUGUAAUGAGCAGUCUCGAUCUUUUAUUAAGAAGUACUUUUCUUCUUGUAUUCGCACACCGUCAGACUGGAUAGAGGUUGCCGAAUACUAUGCAAUGAUAAGUGGCAAUCUAAGUUUGAAAGGUAUGCCAAAAGUCUUACGGAAUAGUAUGACAUCAAAGUUCCUUGAAUUUGAUCAGUACCAACUUGCUAAACAUUCCAAACCCAGAGCAAGAGCUAAUCGUUCAAAGAAAUCGAAGGCUCUGAAAAGAAGCCAAAGUGGUGUAGUAGUCAAUACGGAUAUCGAUGCCAUUAUAUAUAGAUUGGCACACUCACCUCGUAUAUAUUUUACAAUAAAGGAGCUUAUUCGUAGAUUGCAUAUAUCAAGGCCCAAGUUCAACGUUAUGUGCGUUCUGGGAAAACCUUACCCAUCGGAUAGUACUGAUUUUAUUCGUAUGGGACUGGAAGGAGAUUGGGAUUCAUCUAAAGCAGGUACAUGUAUGAAGUUUCCUAUUCCUGUUACAUGGGAAACAGAAUUAUCAGUCAAUGGAAACAAUUCAGAUUCUUGGUCAAAACUUAUAACUUUAAACAAAGUCCCACAUAUGGCGAUGUUAAGAAAUCUGCGCAAUAUUCUGAUGUCCGAUAUUCAAGAUGGUCUUCAUGAGAUAGUCUUAAAGAGGCUUACAGAUCCUCGUAUUAUUAUAGAAGGGAAGCAGUUUCCGUUCCGUUAUUUCUCGGCUUUUGAUACUCUUGAAAAGUGUGAACGCAGAUUAACUUUUCAACAAUCUGUAUACCGUGUCGAACUUAUACAAGUAAUGAAACGUAAGAAAAAAACACCUAGGGUAUUGAAAAAAUCGGAAUGGUUAGCGAAACACUUGAGAUUGUUUACCGGAAAGUGGCUCUUUUGCAAUCACAACACUUUGAACCGAUAUAAAAAUGCGUUAAAUACCGCUUUAGAAUUAUCAAUGAAGCAUAAUUUGCCACCAAUAUGUGGUUCAACAUUAAUUAUAUGUUCUACUAGUAAAUAUGUCAAUCCUUCUAAAAAUAGAUCAUCGAAAUCUUAUAUACAAAUUCUAGGUUUCCUUCUUGGCGCAAUGUGUACGUCGAUAUGUGAAACACCUACAACCUAUGUUACAGUUGAUGAUCAAUACAAUUUAACCCCAAUUGAAGUUGUAUUCAGAGAAAAACGGACUUUAAAUAAUGGCGACUCGAAACAUAACGAAUCUCUAUCUAAACAUAAAAAUAUGGGCAUUCUAGAAAGAACAAAGCAAAUGUAUGAAACACGUGGUUCACUUAUAUCUACUCCAGUUACGACAGUUUUUGAGAAACUCUAUGCUUAUCGGAAGCAGUUUGAUAAAAUUGUUAUCUUUGGCGAUUGUCAUAAGGAAAUUGUUGAUUAUGUUAUAAAUUAUCGGACAUACGUUGGGCCAUUGAAAGCAAUCUGGGGAAAUUUGAGUGGUGAAGACAUAUGGCCAAAAUCAUGUAGUAAAGAUGGUUGGAUUGAAUUCAAAGGGUGUACAGAUCAAAUUCUACGUUAUAUUGCUGAACCAAAUGAAGAUAAAUUGCUUGAACGUAUUGAGAAAAUGGAUGAAGUCUAUGGAUUAAAUAAGAAUAAUUCAUAUCACUUUAAUUUAAAAACAAAAAUACAAGAAGAUCAUGAUAAUAGUAUAUUAUCGAAACGUGAUUACUUUAGAUCAGGAUGGAAAUGUUGUCAGUUGUUUAUUUCAUCUACAUUUCGUGAUAUGCACGCUGAACGUGAUCUAUUAUGUGGUAUACUUGUACCUGCUUUACGUAGGAAUGUUGCAUUAGGUUUACGUGUACAUUUAAAUGAAAUCGAUUUACGUUGGGGUGUUCCUGAACCAGCUACAUACAAUUCACAAGCACUACAGAUAUGUUUAGAACAAGCGGCUGCUAGUGAUAUUUUUGUUCUGUUAUUGGGUGAUCGUUAUGGUUGUAUACCAGACGAAGCUGUAGUUAUGUCAUUACCUGAAUCAUUAUUAUCUGAAGUGUGUAAAUUUUAUAAACCUGGAAUGUCUAUGACUGAAAUGGAGUAUCAUAUGGCUAGACAUGCCGCCAUAUCUAAAGUCCCUAUUCAUGAAAGACGACAGCAGAAUACAGUAAGUUUUCAUGAGGCAAUACGUCUUCGAAUUUGUGUUUUCAUUAGAGAUUCAGCAUCUAUAGAGUAAGUCCUGGUUUUACAUGUCGUUUUGACUAAUUUGCAUAAGAUGAUGGCGAUGAUGUGUUUUUUUUUCCUUAAAAAAUAUAGGUUCGUUAUUUUGCAUUCCACACAAGUUUCAUACUUUAACAUCAGAUAACUGUUGAAUACAGUACAUGAACGAAGACCAUAUAUUUCAACAGUUAGUUGGUUCUGAAGUUCGUUUUUUCCAUAUCAGAAAAAUGAAGUAAUUGCCGAUAAGAUCAUGAUGAAUCUAUUUAAGAAUGUAUUUUAAAUAUAACAUAUAAAAUAUACAAUCCAAUAUUUUCCUAUCUUCAUGAUAUGAUAGGAAGAAAAGUCAAAAUUAGAUUGAUUUCCUCAUUAUGAUUCUUGGUUCAACAUUAUUUCCGUUUUAAUUCAAUGUGAUGAUUUUUCAGUGUAGUAUUCGGUUGAGUUUUCCCAUAUGACCUUUUUAUUCUGUAUAACAUACGAUAUUCUUGUAUUCAAUUGACAUAAACUAUACUCAGCAUAUAAUUUGUUAUAACAGUAAGUAUUUUUCAUGUAUGUGAUUUCAUCCUAAUUGUUAAUCAAAAUGGGUGUACAACCAACAUAUAGAUGAGUGUAUUUCCGAUUAGACUUGUCGUGGUUGUUCGUGGUUCUGGCUGUUUGUGGAACACAUCUCCAUCUUCGAACGUGGACUUCUGUCUCUAGUUAGCGGGGCUGUGUCGCUUAUUGGUCAUUUUGUGACAGAGUCUUCGUUCCGUUUUCAGAUUAGGUGAAUUCGUAAUUUCUUCAAAUAUAGAACUUCAUGAGCAUUUGACAUAUCUGGUCAAUUUCACGUGUAUGUUCCUGAACCUACUGAUAUUUCAAAGAUAAUUGUGUAGAAACAUUGUUUUAAACUGAUACAUUUACGAAUUUCUAUUUUUAGAAAUGUACCAGAUGAAUUGAAAGAUUGUUUUGAAGAGUAUGAUGUUGAAAAACGUAAUCGUCUUAACGCCUUCAAAGAAUUAAUUCGUAAUGAUGGUGUUAUUGUUAGUCAUAAUUAUUCAGCUCAAUUCAAUGGUUUAAUAAAUAAUUAUCCAAUAAUGGGAAAUUUAGAUGAAUUCGGAAGUCAAUUUUUUACAACAGUUAAAUCUUUACUUCUACGUCUAUUUCAUAAUGAUAGUGAUAGUACUCCAGUAUAUAAUAGUGAUAAUAAUUUUCCUAUAACUGUUAAUAAGUCAUUGAAUACUAUUGAAUUCUUACGAGAAUAUGUUUAUUCAGCUGCGUGUGCAAUUGGACCACGUCAUCUACUGGAAGUAGAACAAGCUUUUAAUGCAUUAACUGAACGUGGUCAUCGAGUUCAUCUGGCUCGUGCAAUUCAAUCAACUGAAAAGAAAUUAAGUGUACAAAACAAUUCAAGGUAUUCGAUAAAUCUUCAAGGUUGUGAUGGUGGUAUCCUUUUAAUUGUUGGACCGAAUGGUAGUGGGAAAACUACCUAUUUGUCAGCUUUAACAAUAUCACUGAUAGAAUCCGAUUGGUAUAGAUCAUUUUCAAUGAAUAACACAAUACAAAAGAAGUUUAAUUCUAAAUUACAUUCAAGUGAACAAUUAAUGAAUUCAAUGGAAAAUUCUAAAUUUAUUUCAAAACAACGUCCAAUAUUUGCUAAACAUCAAAUAUUUAUACAUUUCUGUAAUGGUUUGUCAAUAUCUGGUUUACCAUCGAAUAGAAAAUUGAAUGAAAUACUUCAAAAUUGGUUAAAUCUAUUAACUAUUCAACUUGAUAAUAUCUGUAAUAGUAAUGAUAUUCUUAGAAAAUUAUUUAAUGAAAUGAAAUCAUCUUUUAGUGUGAAUAAAAUCUCUUCUAAUAUAAAUUUAAAAUUCAAUAUUCAGUGCUUUGCACGUUUCAUACAAUUUAUUGGUUACUUAAAUGAUAUACAAUUUGCCUUUUUAAUUGAUGACUGUGAUCAGUUGGAACCAAUGACCUUAGAAUGGUUACCACAAAUUUUACCCAAGAAUGUUCGAUUCGUUUUAACAUGUGAUUCCAAAUCAUCAAUUGCUCGUAGUUUGUGCAAUCGAAUUGAUUGCCAACUAUUAACUGUAUCCGGAUUAACUACACACGAACGUGGUGCAGCUGUUCGUAGUUUACUUGGAAAAUAUGGAAAAGUUUUAAGUGAAUCCGGUUUUCGAAAUCAGUUAUCUGUUUUAAUUCAAAAACGAGAAGCAAGUAUUCCACUUUAUUUGAAAUUGGCUUGUGAUGAAUUACGUUUGUACAGUAAAUAUGAACAGUUGGAUGCAAAAUUAAAACAACUGCCUGAUACAAUAUCCAGUUUAGUGAUAGAUGUUGUCAAACGAGUUGAAUGUAGUUGUGGAUCAGAUUUAACUCGCAUUACACUUGGUCUACUUACUUGCUGUCGUCAACCAUUGUCAACAGAAGGACUACAUAAUUUAAUUGAUGGAUGGUUAAUUGAAUCAUGGAUGGAACAACAGUUCAAAAAUGGUUAUACAGAUUGCUGGCAAGAUUUAAAAGUGCCAUUGGACAACCUUGAUGAUAUAAUAUCAAAUGAGAAGAUUAUUUAUCGAAUGAUCAAUGAUCAAUUUAAUAAUAAAAAUAAGCCUACAUUAUCUAAAGGACAACCACAUUUGCCGUCGCUUUUAUUGUAUAUCCUAUUAACUGGUCUUCAUCCUUUACUCUCUGGUUUCAUUGAUGAAAAAGCUGAUAUUGAUGAAAUCGACAAUGAAUUACCGCCUGAUGGUUCUUUGCAAACAAUAAAACAACAAAAGCUUGCUAUAUGGAAUCUUGGAUCAAGAGCAUUAUCAUUUAGCAGUCGUGAAAUACACAAUCUAGUCUAUGAUAUAUGUUUUAAUCAAUCAAAAUACAUUAUGGGUCAUGGAAAAUAUGAAUAUACUUUCAAAAAUAAUCAAACGAGGAAUUUUAACAAACGUGCAAAAUAUGAUGAAAGUAUGCCCGGUGAUAAAACUCAUUUGAAGACAGUGACUCUUCAAACUAUACAUAAUAUUUUAGCUUCAAAAUUACGAAACAUGAAAGAUUUAAUUUAUCAUUUACAUCAUGCCGGUCGAUUAAAUGAAGUUGUUUGUUUACUCAGUAGUCCAGCGUUUCUUAUUCAUCAGAUUGAAUCUGGAUAUGGUUUGACAUUGCUAGACGAUAUGAAUAGAUACAUUACAACUACUGCACAUCAUCGAUCUGAACCGAACAAUAUUCCUACUUCAUUAGAUCUUAUGAAGGAUAAAAUUAUAACUAUGCAAAGGUUUCUUGCAUCGAAUUAUGAAUUUUUAAUUGAACAUCCGUAUUCAUUCGCUGAAUUGGCUAUCAAUCAAGAUGUUGACGAAUGGAUUCAUACAAUUGGAUAUGCAUGUUUACUUAGUUCAAAUUAUCAAGAGAAAAUCAAUGGUGAAUCAUGUAAAAAAAUUUUCCGUAUUAAAUUAAGUACUAAUGACAUUCAAUCUAUCCUACCGAAAAUUGUUCAACCAAUUGCAAUUCAUAAACCAGUCACACCACUAACUGGUUCCCAAGAUAUCCCAAUCUCAAUUGAACUUGAUCGAACAGGUAAUUUAUUAGCUUAUGGAACUGAGUCUGGCACAGUUACGGUUGUCCAGGUUCAAUCAUUUAAGAUAUUAUGUUCAUUUCUUGGACAUAAUAUGCCAAUACUCAGUUUAUGUUUUCUUGAUGAUUUUGCCUCUGACGGUUCUACGAUCAGACCAUACGGUAUGCCGAGUUCACAAUUAUGGUUAGUUAGUACUAGUCAGGAUGCUAGUAUACUUAUUUGGGAUUUAUCAAAUGUGAUAAACAGUGUUACAUGUGGAAUAGCAACUAGUAUCAGUUCCCAAGUGUCUUCUUUAAGUGGAUAUCAUCACAAACCUGUGACUGUAUCUGCUUGGCAUCCGAAACGUCGUAUUUUGGCUACUGGUGGUUUAGAUUGUUUAAUUUGUUUAUGGGAAGUUGGUGAAUUGGGAUUUGGGUCAUAUUUUACGUUGAAAUCAUUUAGUUGUAAAAAAAUUAAACCUAGUAAAAAGCUGAAUAUCAAAUCAUCGAUUAAUUCAAUUGCUUUUCGUUUACCGAAUUAUGCAUCGGAUAGUGAAAAAUCUAUUCCUUCUGAAUGUUUACGUGAUGUUAUGGCAGUGGGAUGUUGGGAUGGUUUUGUCCAUUUCUACAGUCUCAUAUCUAUGAAUUGGAUAAAGUCUCUUGCAAUCUCAACAUCUGCUAUUUGUUCACUGGCUUACUCGCCGAAUGGUGGCAGGCUGUUAGCUAUUCUUGAUAGAAAAGGUCAAAGUUUUAUUUUAAAUGCGAAUACAUUUGCAUAUCUAGGCCGGUUAACUGAAAAUGUCACUUUUUCAUCAAUUGAUGAAUUCGCUUGUCUUGAUGAACUGCAUCAUUUAUUACCGAAUCAAAAGGGAGUAUUAUGUUUCUCUGAACCAACUGGACGUUAUCUCAUUCAAACUGGCGGUGGGUCAUCAGUUGGUCGAAUCAAUGUUUGGAAUGCUCAUCUCGGUGCACCUGAAGGUCCAUGGAUUAACGUUAGUCGCAACAAGAAAGAAAUGAAACGAACUAUAUUUGUCACAACCUAUACUAUUGACAUAAGUGGAAAGUAUAUCAUAAUUGGAUGGAAUGAUGGUCUCUUCACUAUUGUUCUAAUGACCAAUGGUGAUACUGUAUUCAGUUCGGAUAAAUUAACUCCUUUGAUAAACGAUAAUUCAUCUGUUGAAGCUAUCGCUUGUGGUAUUUCACCUUAUUGCGUUGAUGCUAAUCUUGUCGUUGUUGGCUGGUCAUCUGGUGCAGUUAGGUUAUAUCACUUUAGCUUUAAGCCUGAAGUUAAAUCAAAACGAGAUGAUAACUCCACUGUUCAGUCUGAUAUACAUUCUAUUUGCAAUUUAUCCAUUGUACCUUUGUAUACUUCUUGGUCACAUUCUAUUGAACAUGCAGAGAAUGGGACAGGUGAAGCUGGUGGUACUCUAUGCGCAUCUGCUUCUAAUUCUAUCGCAGUUAGCGGAGGUGGGAAUUGUGAAGUAUGGGCGUAUUUUGUUGGUUCCAAGUUAGAAAAUCCUUUAGUAAGAUCAAUUUGUCUUCGACAACAUAGUGGUCAAAUAACUGCUGUCGCAGUACAAAUGAAUUUUAUAGCUACUGGCUCGAAAGAUAAAAAUGUAGCGAUCUACAGUUAUGAUUCAAAUACUGCAAAAGUAACACUUCAAUACAUCAUACAUAAUGCUUCUAAAGAUUGGAUUAUAUCAUUGAAAUGGUCAUAUAUUCCGCAUAAAAUGCGUGACAGAAAACUAACAUUACUUGUUGGAAGUAAUGAUCAGUCAAUUCAUCUAUAUAGAAUUAAAUCAAAGAAAUAUAAUUUGAAACAAACACUUGUUUCAUAUAAACUUGGCAUUAAAUCACUUGAUUUCAAUUAUCCUUAUAUUUUUUCUGCUACAUCUAAUGGUCAUGUAAGUGUAUGGCGAUAUGGUCGAAAUGAAAAUUUUGAACUUAUCAGUGAAAUGAUAAUAUCAUCACCGUUAGAUACCUUGAACUCGAAUACGACCAAUGAAAAUGUAGUGAAUCUUAUUAAAGUUCAAUCAUUUGAAUAUACUCCUUGUUAUUAUUCCUCGAACAAUAAAAAUGUUAUCAAUUCUUACGAUGGACUAGAACCUCAUAAAAGUAAAGAUUCUGUAGUCGAUACUAUGGAUUCCAAUAAUAGUCCACGUUCAUUAUCGUCUAGUGAUAUUAAUAACAAUGAAGAUGACAGUUUACAGCAUCAGGAUAUUACGGAUGAAAAUCUAGUUAGCGACGAAGAAAGUGUGAAAGGAACUUCUGAUCAGUGCUGUUUAAAUAAUGAUGAAUUAAUGGACGAGGGUUCCGAUGAAACACCAAGUCAGUGCUCAGAGAAAGAUCUAAUGACUGUGAAUAAAUGUAAUAAUGUUGCUUUCAAUAGUGAUGAAUCAACAGGAUCUCACAUUUUUGAGAAAUUUGUUAAUCGUCCUGGCUCCUUGUCAGAAUUACUUGGUGAGACUAAUGUAAAACUUUUGGUUGGUCAAACAAUUUCCGGUUCACGUAAUAUUCAAGAGUUUCAAUUUCGAGUAUAUGAACCAUCACUUACAGGAUAUCAUGCUACUCUAAGUGGUCAUUCUGGCUUAAUUCCUUGUGGAUUAAGUUGUACAAAACCUCUGAAUUCGAAUAAUGAUGAUACAUUACUUAUCAGUGUAGCUGGUCAAAACUGUGAUUCUAAAACAAUUGGCUGUGAUAUUCGACUGUGGAAUUUACCUUUAUCGAAUAGUUCUCUAUCAUGUAAACCAACUCUUCAACAUACUGGACCAGUUAUAUGUGCUGAUUAUCUGUAUGUGACAAAGAAUUUACAACUUUGUAUAACUGGUUCAGUUGAUGGUGACUGUAUUAUUUGGGCUACUCGCGGUUCAUCAACUUCUCAAUCAAUCAAACCUAUAACUACUGCUACCACUACAUAUCAACCAUUGAUACGUUUAACUAAUUCAGAUAUGAAACCAAGAUACAGUAUAAACAGUAUUGUUACACAAUCAUGGACAAUAAAUAAUGAAGAAAAGAAAAUAGAUUAUUUCAUUUUUAUUGCUUUCGGUUAUGAGAUUUUAAUAUUGCACAUACACCUUAAUCAUGAUAUUUUAAUUAAUAAAACUGAUUUGGAAAAUAGUUUAUUAGAGCUAUUUUUAAAUGGAAAACAAUUGGAUAUAAAUAUUGUUGAAUUAAAUGCAUUAUGGUCAAUUAAAACAAUUGAUGGUUAUGCUGAAAUACAAAGAUUUAAAACAGACCAUAUCGUUGUCGAAAUGUCUGCUUUACAUCAUGAACCAGUUAGUAUGAAUCAGUGUGGUGUUGUAGCACUUUUGUCCAAUGGUGAAAUUGUCAUUAUUCCAUUUAAACGUACAGACGAUGAACUCAUUCACCUUCGUGUUCGAGAUAAUCAUUGGUGCAGUUCAUUAUGUACAUAUCAGGAUGGUAUACUUGUAGCACAUAAUGGAUCAGCUUUAUUUUAUCCAUUUGAUGAUCAUAGUGCAAAUGUAUUCACACCACUUCGUGGAUCUAUCAAUAAUUUGGAAAAUAUCUAUAUUGACAGAAUUGAACCACUUUGUUUACCUAACGGAAAUAGUUUCAAGUUAUUUUAUAUUGUAACAAGCAAAUUAAAAUCUGAACCACGGAUUAUCUUCUUUAAUAGUGAUGAGCAUAUGCUAUUGAAUAUUUCGCUGGAAGGAAUGGAUUUACAAGUCACUGCUUAUUGUAUCACUUCAACUCAUCUUGAUAGUGAAAAGUUAAUAGUGUAUUUAUUGUUGGCAACGUCGGAUAGCUUUCUACGUUUGUUGAAAUGUUCUAUCAAUGUUUGUAAUAAAUCGAAAUUAAGCAAAUGGGAACAGAUCAAAAUUUAUCCAAGUGGCGAGCAUAUUACGAAAUUGGUCACUUUCGAUAAAGAUCCUGUGAGGAUUAUGUGCUGCCUUCAGAAUGGUCAGAUUGAUCUUUACACAAUAGAACAGUAAUACUUGUCUUUCAAUAAUCUCUGUAACCAUUACCUGUGAUGACGUAAUCUAUCUUUUUAUUCUCAUUUUUCUUUAUCAUGUAACUUGCUUUGUUUAAUGUUGUUAAUUUAACCGAUGAAUAAACAAAUUGAG